AUGGCGCGACCAUGUGAGCGCUCGGCAAUGGGGCACAUUGAUGAGGUGAUCAACGCGCUGCCUUGGUCGUGCGAGAACAAGCUCAGGCUGCGCGCUGACGUGGAGCGCAUCUUGGAAGUGGCGCCCGCGUUGGCCUCUGGGGCGAAGAUGAUCGGAGGCACCGGGGGAACGGAGGCAGAGUUUUACCUGAGCGGAUUCUUGCGCAUCCAUUACCAAGGCGGCGUCUACCAUGUACCUGUCGGCAUGUCGUUCGGCUCGUUGUACCCAGGAGUUCCGCCGCGCUGUUUCGUGGCGCCAUCGGGGGCUAUGGGCUUGGUGCAGUUGCAUCCGGGCGUCGAUGCGGACGGCAGGAUCUCGGUGCCGCACCUGACGGAGUGGAGCGAGAACUCGCGAAUCACGGAUUUGAUUGCCGGCAUGGCGGCGGACCAGGCAACGAUCGACGUGCUCCCCCGGGACUCGGAGGUGUUGCCUGCGGGGAACCCCGUCCGCCUCCAGCGCAAGGGCUGCGCGGCGCCGCCAUCGCGGACGCGGUCGGCGCCGUCUCCGAUCGCCGAGGUGGAUGAAGCGGCCGCCGACGGAAACGCGGAGGAGGCCGCGAGCCCCCGCGCGACCGGGGCGGUGGCGCCUCAGCCCGCGUCCGAGCCGGAAACGGGCGCGACCGGCGAGGCCGAGGACGUCGCGCCGGCGCUGGCCGAGCGGAGCUUCGAAGUCGCCAUCGACAGAAGUUCCCCGGACGCGGCCGAGACGCUGGGCAUGGACGUGGGUCGCGACGAGUGCUCCCUGACGGUCGUCGAGAUAUUAGAGGACGGGGCCAUCAGAGCAUACAACGACAAGUGCAUGGCCGGCGACAUCCCUGGACAGGGGCGAGCCGCUGCUGGUUGGGGACCAGAUCCUCCGGGUCAACGGCGUGGAGGGGCCGUCCGAGAAGCUCGUCGCGGAGUGCGUGCGGGCGAGAGAGGUGCUCAGGCUCGGCGUGGUGCGCGGUCGGCCGCCUCCACCGUGAAGCGCGCGAGGCUGGCCAGCCGGCAGGGGGCCGCGGGGCUGCAGAUGGCGGUCGGCCCGCUCAAGGGCCCCUCGGGGUUCGCGGCGGCCGCGCUCCAGUCGCGCGCGCCGCUCCGGACCCGGGGCCCAAUGGCGGGCCCUGGCGCGCCGGCCAUGUCGUCGUUCACGCAGCAGCUGCAAAAGGUCCAGCUGGAGAGGGUACAGGAGCUGCAGAUCGAGCUGGAGCGUGGCCCGUGGGGCCCCGGAGAGCGGGUCCAUUACUGGAGCCAGAGCGUGAACCGGUGGAUCCAGGCCAAGGUGUUGCACCGGAACGCCGACGGCUCCUACGACCUCAAUUGCAAGAAGCGCGUGCCCCCAGACAAGAUCUACAACGUCCCCGCCGAGGCCGACCGGCCCCCGCCAUUGGAGGCCCAGGACGUCGCCCUGCCCCCGCCGUCCACCCUGCCGGUGCCGCAGGAGGCGGCCCCCCCGAAGGCCAUCUCGCUCGAGGCGCUCAAGAAGGCGGCGGCGGACGCGGGCAUCGAGCAGCCCAGGGCGCAGCCCCCGUCGCCCCAGGAGAUCCCGCUGCCGCGGGACGAGCAGCCGCCGCCUGCCCCGCUGCGCCUGGAGCAGCGGCCCCCGUCACCGGCGUCCCAGAGGGCCCCGUCGACCCCGCCGCCGCAGAGGGCCCCAUCGCCGCCGCCCCCGCACGCGCGCAGGCCCUUGCCGCGGAGGGCCUUGCCGCAGGCCCCGCCGCGGCCGGAGCGGCUGGAGCGGAGCCCCUCCCCGGUGCUGCGCACGCGGGCCAAGGCGCCGCCGCCGCCGCCACGGCGGGAGGCCCUGCCCGAGGCGCAGCCGCGGCAGGAGCCGGAACUGCACCUCGAGCAGCCCCCGUCGCCGCCGCCGCCCACGCGGGCCAAGGCCCCGCUGCCGGUGCGGGGCGGCUGGCCCGAGGAGCCGCCGCCCGCGAGGGCCAAGGCGCCCCCGACGCGGGCCAAGGCGCCGCCGCAGGGGGGCGAGGCGCUGCGCCUGCGGUCCUCGGAGAUGCGCGGCCCAGCGCGCGGCGCGCCCUGGGGCGAGGCUCAGGAGGGCCACGGGCACGAGGAGGGUGGCAGGCGCAGCGCCCGCGAGGCCGAGGAGAGGGGCGAGAGACACCACGAAGAGGGCGGGCGCGAGGGCGAGGCGAGGCACGCCAGGCGCCAGGAGGCUGGCAGGCACGACGGGCACCAGGAGGACGAGGCGAGGCACUCCAGGCGCCAGGAGGACAGCCACUACGACAGGCACCGGGAGGGUGAUCGGCGGGACAGGCGCGAAGAUGAGGCGAGGCACGCCAAGCGCCAGGAGGAUGGCGGCUACGACGAGCGCCGGGAGGACGGCUGGCGGGACGGACGCGAGGGCGAGGCCAGGUACGCCAGGCGCCAGGAGGAUGGCAGGCACGAUAGGCGUCAGGAGGACGGCCGGCGGGAAGGGCGCGAGGGUGAUGGGAGGCAUGCCAGGCUGCAGGAAGCUGGCAGCAGGCACGAUGGGCGCCAUGAGGACGGCAGGCGGGAGGCAAGGACUCCAGAGGCAGGCAGGCACGACGAGCGCCACGACGCGAGGCGCGUCGUCUACGAGGACGACCCCAGGCGCGGCACGCACGAGGGCGAUGCCACGAGCAACCUGCGCCCGCCUGAUGGCAGACACGACAGGCGCCACGACGGGCGACGCAGUGCCCACGAGGACGACGCCAGGCGCGGCACGCACGACGGCGACGCCAGGAGCGACCUGCGCCCUCUGGAGGGACCCCCAGGUGACCUGCGCCCUCCUGGGCGGCGCCAUGCCGAGGCGGACGAUCCCAGGCGCAGCACGCGCGAGGGCGACGCCAGGAGCGAUUUGCGUCCGCUGGACGGCAAGGCGCGUGGAGGGCGCGAGGAGGACGCCCGGCGCGCCGCGAAGGACGAGGAAUCCCGCCGGCGAGGCACAGCCCACGAGGGCGAGCCGUCGGACAGGGCCAGGGAACGCGACAGGGAGCGCGACAGGGAGCAGAAGCGCCCUCUGGAGCCCCUCGCCCGGGACGAUCUCGGCCGCAGCGCCCGCCGCCGCGAGGGCGGCCGCGACGACCGGCGCGAGGAAGGCCCCCGUGAGGAGGUCCGCGAGGAGCGCGGCCACCGCAGCAGGCGCGAGGCCGAGCGCGAGGACCAGCGGGAGCCGCUGCCGCGCCCGCCGCCCCCGCCGCAGCAGCUCCCGGAUCCGCCGCAGCCGCCCCCGCCGCAGCCCCAGCAGCCUGGCGAGGACGCGAUGGACGCGAUGGACGCCGCGAUGGACGCGAUGGCGCUCCCAGACAGCAUGCCACGCCUGAGUGCCGCGGAGCUUGCGCAGGUCAUGGAGGCGCCGCUUCCUCCGCCAGCGUCCGCGACGUCCAGACUGGACGAGGAGCAGCUUGCCAAGACGCUCAGCAGCAGGCUGAUGGAGCAGCACGCCCUCGCAGCCGCGGCGGACCCCGCCGGGGCGGCGGCCAUCGCGCUCGGCGCCGUGCUUGGCGGUGACGCGGCGGCGAGCGCGGAGGAGGCAGCCAGCGCCGCGGACGCGGCGCUGGCACGCCUCAGCAACCGCGGCCAGGGCCACGAGGAGCAGCGGCGGCGGAGCCGCUCCCGGCGCGGCGGGGAGCGCCGGGACCCGCGCGAGCGCCGAGACGACAAGGACAGGGGCCGUCGCGACGAGGGAGGCGCCGGGCAAGACAGCCGGGGCGCGCCGAGGAGGGACGAUGGGGGCCAGCAGGCGGACCGCGGAGACCGCGACCGCGACCGCGACCGGGAGCGCAGGAGGGACGACGGGGGCCAGCAGGCGGACCGCGGAGGACGCGACCGGGAGCGAAGGUCCCGGGACCGCCGCAGGGACGAGCGCGGCCCGAAGCGCGACGACCGAGGCGGCGCGGGCGAGGAGCGGCCCGAGCGCGACAGGGACCAGCGGCCCGGGCGCGACAGAGACAGGGACGGCCGCAGGGAUGAGCGCGGCCGGGGCCGCGACGAUCGUGAGCGCGAGCGCUCGAGGAGGCGCAGCAAGAGCCGCCCUCGAGCGCUGGACCGCGCCCGCGACCGGUGGACGGAGCGCUCUGGCGGCUUCGACGGCGGACCCGCAGGUGGCGGGCAGAGGCGUUCGGGCUUCGACGAUGGGGCCAGCGGCGGUGGCGACACGCAGCCCGCGCACAAGCCUUGGCACGAGCAAGGCCAAG